AAUUCCCACGGGAGGGAUGCUCCUGCAAGGGGAACCAAAGUAGCAGCCCCUCUUCGGAGGAAAGGCCUCCCCCUAUCCCUCACAAACGGCCUCCCAAUGGCUCUCAUCCGGUUUAGCUCGGGACGCGUGCGGACAUUGUGACCUCAGGGGGCGUUCCUUGCGUGACGGGCCGGGGAGCAGCGGGAGUUUGUGCCGCCGGCAGGGAGGAGGAGAGAGGCUGUGGGCGCGGGUUUCCCUCUUCCUCCUCCUCCUGCUUUUUGAGCCGGCCAUGGGGGUGACCGUGGAGGCGCACAAGGUCUACCACUACCCCUUCGAGCAGGUGGUGGCCAGUUACCUCCGCAAGUAUCCAAGUCCAAUGGAAAAACAUGUUAUAGCUGUAAAAACCGUAGAAGAGAAAACAGAUUUGUCUACAGGAAUCGUAUACCGAAGAAGGAUUGCUACGUGCCAGAAUGUAAUUCCAUACAUUUUGAGAAAGGUUAGUGUCCUCAAAGUAUCUGAGGUCUACUUAGAAGAGGAAUCUUGGGUUAACGUAAAGAAAAGAGUUAUGUCUAUGAAAACGCAUUGUCUGACAUGGACAGAGUAUGCUACCCUAAAAGAAGAAUCAGUCUUCCGGGAAAGCUUGGAGAAUCCAAAUUGGACUGAAUUUAUACAGAAAGGGAGAAUAUCAAUAAAAGGAGCAGGGCUGCUGAAUUGCUUCUUGGAAGUUUUUGCACAGACCUUUUUAAAUCAAGGGGUCAAAAAGAGUAUUUCAAUAAUGGAGAAACUUCUGCAAGAACAGUUUGGAAGCCCAUUUUUGUAAUUGGAAAAAAGAAGAGAAAUCUCCAUGCAUUUAAAGUUUAUCCACAGCAAUAGGUACCGACUUUGCUUCUUGAUGAAGUUAACUUUAUGGACUGCUUUAUCAAAGAAAGAAACACUUGAGUGAAAGAAGACACUGAUCAGACUACUUUAAGUGACAUAAAUGAAAUGAUAUUAUGUUCCCAGGGUGAUCAUGGAGAACAAAAGUGCAUUUUGAAAAAUUCACCAAUGUGAACUUAUGCUCUAAUCUCCAAAGUUGUAAGUGAGCACAGAAAAACUGAAGACCACGGACCCUUUGCUUCUUUGAAGAGUCUUCUAUCAGCUAAGAGAACAAGGGUUUCCUCUUAUUUCAGUGUGUUCACACAAGACAUAUGAUCUAUUCCAUAGAAAUGCUUAAAGGGACUAAGAUACUUGAUUGGUAGAUACUGUGAAUAGAUAAUAUAUUAUCACAUUGUAAGCUUUCAGGGUAUUUUUAUCUUCAACAUUCUGGUACUCCAUAAGAAAAAAAUGCUUUAAAAAUCCACAAAUACUAUUCAGGUCUUUAAUGUUUGCCAAUAUAGCCCUACAAAAUGUGAAUUAUUGGAGAACUACAUUAGUUUUCUAUGGGCUUGUCUACACUGAUGAAAACAAAUCUGUUUGUCACAACAUUUUCCCAGUCUACACUGAUCCUGCAGUGAUGCUUUUAACACCACACACACCACACAUAUUGGAGUGAGGUCGUCAUAACCGACCAUGCAUUUCCCCUGGCAGAAUGCGCCUCAGUAUUUGGAGGCCAUCUGCAUUCCCAAUUUUUUUUUGCAUGAUUUUUGGCCACAAAGUCAUAGGUGCUUUAGGGUUUUUUUCUAUCAUGAAUAAACCUAUUUUCAGUUAAAGAGAGAUGCAGCAAUGCUAAUAUAGCAAGUAUCCGCAGAAAUGAAUUUUCUUUUUAAAAAAUAAAAUAAAAUUGAACCUAGGAAAGAAUCCUCCCAGAUAGGAAUGCUCUCCUCCCACCAACAAGUGCCACCCACCACUAACUCCACCCUCAAAAAUACAGUGAAGCAAUGCCACCUGAAGGACUAACCACAAGUCUAGAAAUGCAGAUUUUCUGUAAAACUUUAGGGUAAAGGGCAAGAUUUUUUUAAAAAAACAAUUAAAGCCCAAAUAAAUGUCUCGCAAAUGAAUAAUCAUGAACAUUUUAUGUCAGGAUCAGAACAUGUACAAGGUGAGUAUGGUUUUUGUUGCCCAUGUAGGCAGUCCCAUAGUUUGCAAAAGCCAAGCCUUGAAAUAUUUUAGUUAAUGUUAAAAUGCAGUGAAAGGGUUUUUUUUUUACAAAGAGAGUAAGUUCCUUGUUUUUUUUUUCUUUUACUGCUUAUAAUGGAUGAAUUCAAAGUAUGCUUAUUAUAAACUGCCAGGAAAUUUAAAUGGUAAAUUGAUUUGGGGCUCAGUUUUUGUGUUUCACUUUACUUUUAUUUUUUUAUAUCUUUUAUACAUUGUAUUGUUGAAUCAUGCUGUCUACAUAUUUUAUUUAUGCAGUGGAAUAUAGCAAGGGAAUACAGAUUUACAAAUAAGUGUUGAAAUGUUGGCAUCUGUAAUUUUCUUCUUUAUUAGGAUAAAUUUGAAGAACAUUAUAUGGAUAGUAAACAUGCUGAACAGAUUGUUACCAUCUAUCCAGAAUUUUAACUCAUCUGCAUUGAAUAGACAUUGUAAAUAUGAUGUUAUCUGCUGUGUGUUUCUUAUGUAAACAUCCAGAGUGUUAGAAAUGUCCUGGUUAAAUAAUACUAUGUUCUGAAGUAGUAGGGAAAAUUAUUUUGUUUUGACAUAAAAUCAUGUCCCUUUCAACCUUGUACCUAUGUUUUUAUGAGGGAGGCUGCUGGUGCAGUUGGGAUUAAAUUUAGAUUUACCAGG